CAGUCGUAUAAUGAUAAUAUGUUUCAUUACCUGUCUGCAAACGGUGACGUUUCAGUUGGAUUUUUUUUUAAUUUAGUCUGUCUGUAACACUAAAUUGUGUCGUGUACAGUCCAUUUGCAUGGCAAUACGUUUCAAAGACUCCACAUCGGGCCAAUAUUCAUAAUUCAGAUACAAUUAAAGGUGCAAUCGAUUUGUGAUUGUAAUUAAAUAGCACUUACAAAGGUCGAUCAUCGGAUGGGUGACCAAAAAUUUAUUCGAUAUAAUAUUUUUUAGUCACACUUGAUUUAUUACUUCUUAUAAGAUGUUAAUGCUAUUGGUCAUGGCCGCACUCAAAAUUCUCUACUCCUACCAAUAGGACUAGUCCCGAAUAUCUUAUAUUUUGAUAAUAAAUCGAAGUGAAUAUGUAACCUGUAAAGGAUUGAUAAAUAAUAACAAAAAAAAAUACAAAACAAACUUUUAAACAGUAAUUUUAUGUUAUGGCGUAAUAAUUGUUUGGAUAUGGUUAGAAGAGGCCAGAAUUUAUAAAGGUUAUUUUUUUUACCAAUUCAAUAAAUUAUUUCUCUGAAGUCACAUAUCAAAUCUAGCAAUUUGUACUUUGAAUCCGUUUAAUGUUCUAUGUUCUAGAAUAUUUCGCUAAUGUUUUAAUAUUUAUUCUUUUAUUGCAGUCUAGAGAUCCGGCUUAGGAGCUGAACGACGGAUCAGUAACCAAAAAUAUGCGUAAGCCUUGGUGGUCGUUAUACCUGCUAGCUAUUUGUAUGCUUGGCCUAGACUCAAAACUCGUGGGUGAAGCAUUUCAGCCUGAAUUCGCAGAACCUAUCACAAACUUGACAGUUCCAGUCGGACGUGACGCUACAUUCCAAUGUUUGGUACAAAACCUCGGUGGUUACAGGGUAGGAUGGGUUAAAGCAGAUACCAAAGCCAUACAAGCUAUACAUGUGCAUGUAAUAACAAACAAUCAUAGAGUAGAAGUGUCACACAGCGGUCAAUCUGUGUGGAACUUACACAUCAAAAACGUUCAAGAAGAAGACCGAGGUCAAUAUAUGUGCCAAAUCAAUACGGAUCCUAUGAAAAGCCAGAUGGGAUUUUUAGAAGUUGUUAUUCCACCAGACUUCAUAGCAGAAGAAACGUCAGGUGAUGUUAUGGUGCCAGAAGGUGGUACAGUAAAAGUGUCAUGCCGAGCAAAAGGAAUGCCUGAACCGAGAGUCAUGUGGAGAAGGGAAGAUGGUACUGACAUAGUUAUAAAGGAUAAUCAUGGGAACAAAAACAGAGUUCAGAUGUAUGAAAAAGAAACACUGAUUUUGACAAAAAUAUCUCGCUCCGACAUGGGAGCAUAUCUUUGUAUCGCAAGUAAUGGAGUACCUCCGUCAAUCAGUAAAAGGAUACAAAUCAAAGUUCACUGAGCGCCACUAGGCACUGACGUCACCCUCGAAUGCUACGUGGAGUCAUCACCAAAGUCCAUCAACUACUGGGUCAGAGAUUCA